AUGAGUAAGAACUCGCCGAACUCCUCGGGGGCGAGUGAACUCGCGUUUCCCCACGAGGAUGCAAUCCAGCGCCCAAAGGACCAGGCUUUGCAGGACGAAUUCUCCUCAGCAGAAGAUGUAAGUGAUGGUGGACUGCAAAACAGUGAGGGCAGUAGCUCUACCGUAAAAGUACCUGAUUGCAACCCCGCACUUGUCGUCCCCGCCCUCCAAGGAUUAUCCGCCCUGCAUUUGGAGGGAUCAGGUAAAACAGAAGCAGUUGAAUUUCGUGAGGUAGAGGAGCUAGGAAUGCGGCAGCAGGGGCUGGAAGACCUGUUUGAAUGGGAAAAACUUAGUUGUGAGACACCGUAUUACCUCCAAGGCCGCGAAGUAGUGGAUUUGAUAGAGGAAGAAUGGCGACAUGACUCACGUGGCGAGGACGGUCUGAGCCGUUCCGCAUUCUUUGAAUCAUUUUUCCAACUGGCCGACAUAUGGACCCCAGGCAUAGACGGUUCUGCCUACGCAGAGUUCCUCAAGCGCCUUUUCCGCAGAAUUACUAUUAAGAGAGCCCGCACUAAAACAGGUGCAAGAAUGACAAAAAUUAGGCCUAAGAUCGUCGUCAAGGUCGUUAACAGGGACCUCAAGAAGCCCGAGAAUGAGCAACGGGACCAGGCAGACGCCCAGCAGGUGGAUCUUAUUGUGAAUUCGGUUGGCGACGCGGGGUGUGUCGCUGAAUGGAGCAAAGCCGAACAUGAAGCAGUCGAGGCACUGCUAGUUGCGCAUAUGAGCGGCGAAAAGGCAUCCCUGGAGAGCCUUGAACUCCGUGAGGAGGUGCUCCACGACUGCACGGAGGUAUCACAAGAUGAGCCGGUGUCAACCGAAUGGGCUGACUACUCAAACAUAGCGCCGCUGGGAGCUGCCUCGCGAGCGUUCCUGGAGAGUGUCUUCUCGAAAUCUGUAGCAGCAGUUCUACAGGAAAACCGAAAUCAAGACGAUAGUAUAAAUCGUCGAAAUUACACAGAAACAGAACUUACCGCCGGCGAAGACCAGGACACGCCGCAGCCAGGUACGCAAGACAUCGAAGGCCCAACAACUCGACAACCGACGCCUCCACGUACUCUCCGGCACUUCGCAGAUUACAAAAGCAAGACCGACCUACCUCUUCGAAUAUCCGGAGUCUCAGAAGAGGAGCUUAGGCACUUCAACUCCAUUGGGCUGCCAGUACAGAUGGAGGGCAUGCCGAGACUAGUUCGCCUCAAGGGAGCUCCUCAGCUGCUGCAAAAGAAACAAGUUCAUGAACACGAAACAAAACAGAAGGCGCAAGACAAUGAACCCAAAGAGGUCGAGGAACCGGAACCUCGGAAAGAUGUGUGCUUGUUGGAUGACAGUCAAGUAGCGCUGCUCCAAGACCUGACGUCCGUUGAUGGGAAUGACCUGAGCCUGGAGGAUCUCAAGAAUGCCCUGGCAUCAGGCAAAGGCGAAACAACACCUGUGUUUACGCCACCCGUAGACCCUGACCCGCAACUAGAGCGCCAACCUGUUCCAGCGCAGGAAAUUGCGACCGAGCCAGAGUUGAAACCAGCGCUUGAGCAGAAGUGGAAGCUAGAUCCGCAUCCGGAGACGCAUGCAAAAUUAGAGCCUGAGCCCGACCCGGAGUGGUGGAAACCCGCUCAAGAUGGGGAGCACGAUGAAGGCAGUACAGACGUCAAGGCAGGCACCGAGAAGCCUACACCAGUCCCAGAAGUCCAACUUGCACCACCCGUGGAAAGCAGUACUGAUGCCGAAUCAAUUCUGCAAAAGAAGGGCUCCGGCAGGCCCUCACCAAGGUUGAUUCGGCACUCAGGGAACUUCAGGACGCGGGUUUUUUACAGUCUUUGUGAAGAGACACCGAAACAAAGAAACCCCAAGUCAUUUCGACGGUCAAUUAUGAUAAAGGGUGUGGGGUCCGUUGUUGUUAGGCAUUUCGCUGACUUUACAAGUUCACACUUGCCGCAAAUUACACUCCUAGAUGAGGGGCAGGUGGAUGGAGAACCCUGGCACAAAGCGUAUCUCCAAACUGAUGAGCCACCGCAGGAGCACACUAUUAUGCUGACGGAAGAAGACGAGGUGGCCUUUGCUCAGGAGCCGCGACAGGCAAUCCUGAUCGUAGGACCCAAUGGCCCCGGUAAACUGCAAGCAACCCACAAUUCACACGGAUUGUGCAACAAUCUCGAAAGCACCUUGCAUGUCAGCGAAGUCAAUGCCUUUCUGAGGCAUCUUCGGGAUUUAAGUGGGCGUCGGCGGCUCAACUGGCCAGAGCUGCUCCUCCGGCACUCACGAAUUUGCGAACAGCGGCAGCGUCGCCGUAGAGAAGAGAGGCGGCGAGCAAUAUUGGAAAAGAAGAGUGCCAGCCAGAAGGACCAGACAGCAAGUCCUAAAGAAGGCGCCCUUCCACUUGCAGGAGUGGGAAGCUUUGAGAGCCAGAGUAGUAAUGAGAUCAGGCAUCUUGUUGAUAAAGAAGUAGGAGGGGUCAUUGCAGUAACUGGAGGCCCUUCGGUCUCUGAGCCCCAACAGAUUGCUGCGCUCGCCGCGUUGGCCUCCUCUAAUAGAGAUCGAACCUUUCCCUCGGAUUCAGAGAGAAAUGAUCCUCUUGAUGCCUUUCGUUUGGACCUUGGAGACGGGAACGCAGGCAACAGCCCUGCGGCGGAAGCCCCCGAGGCCCUGGAUGAAGGUCCAGGCACGUCAGGGGAAAUGGCGAAGGAAACUAAAGAUGGUAGCAAAAUAUUUGCUGAAAAAGCCGAGUCCGGGCUAUUAGGGCCGUCACAGCCUUCCAGCAUUGGGAACCUGGAAAUGGCAGUGCCAGUCGAAGGCGCAGAUAAAAAAGAGCCCAGCAACCGCCCAGCUGACGUUGAAAGCCUCGAAACAUCUGGUGAAUGCUGGCCUGUAGCGCAGCAAGAGACUGAAGCGACACAGGCAGCACAGGCUUCGGAACAAGGUGCAAACAUGCCGGCAACCUCGAAGGACAAGCCCAGCAUAGACCCACACGAAGUUGAGCCUCGAAGAGAAGUGAGCAACGGGGCAGUAGCGACUGAAAAAGCAAGCGCUACUUCGAACUCCCACAGGAACGGCGGAUGCCAGUUGAAUUUUAAUGCUGAAGACACGCCUGCCAACUCAGAUACAAAAGAUCCAGAAGGAAGCUGGGCUUUGGAAGAUCACACUGAGAACGCUGCACCUACUUCCGCACUUGCUCCGUUUCCUGACGGUGGCAGUGGUGAAGCGUCCAACGGACCUCAUACGGGCAGUAGCACGAAUUCUGAAAAUGCCAGCAGUGCUGCUGCUGAGACAAGUGAGAGGAUGGAGCCUGAGAAGAAUGAAACUGAGCUGCAGCCGUGGUUGGUUGAGGAUGGCGGUUCCGAGCUUAGCUCUUCUGAAGCCUCUGACUCAGAUUCGGAGGCAGAGGAGCUGUUUCGUAUCGCGGCUGCCGAUGCUUCGCAACCCCAGCCCAACCCCUUGAUGGACGCAUUUCCUAGCCGUGCAGUAUUCCUCAUGAUCGACCCGAAGGACGGAGGCCGCACUCUCAUGGUGGACACAACCAGCGGAGCGCUCGUCGACGAAUUCCGCACAGACCCCGAUGGGAUGCAAGAUGGGGAAGAGGAAAUAGAGCUAUCAUUCAAUGCUGAGGCCGACUUACUGGAGGUGAAGCUGGCACCUGAAUGCUUCAGCACUUUGAAAUCAAGCCGUGCUUCAUCCAGCUCCUGUGGGCUCUUGCACAGCAUUCACGAAAAGAUCAAUAUGCCUGCAGAGGUGAUACGCUAUCAGGAUAAUGAAGACGGUUCCACCUUGGAGGCCCAAGUAGUGAUGGCUGGACCGCGAAUUGCAGCUGCCCUAGAGUUUCUCGCCGUCAGGCCUGUCGGUGAAGUUGCAUCUCCUGUGCAGGGGUCCUCUGAAAUUCAGCAUUUCAGCGAACUGCUGCUGCGAGGUGGCAACGCUCAACAACAAGCGGAAGAUGCCGGAAACACAACGGAAGGACCAGAGGAUGUUCAGGAAGGAGAAGGCGUUCUUGCAGCCACUGAGGUGACAGGAGACGAGGGAGACGAGAAUGCUGAACAGAGCGGUUCCGGCACCUCGAGAGGCGUCGGCGGGGUUGGAGAGUCCCCAAGGGUCACCGUCCCUCCUAAAAAAUUCCCUAUGAUUGACGACAUCUGGGGAGAGUCUCAACCUGAGGUUUUAAACUCGGAAGGCCAUUCAGCGCUAGAAGCAGAGGAAGCUAGUGCAUCCUCUGGUAGUAGCACUUCAGAUGCCGAUCAAGCGGGGGAUGAGGCUAAUAUGAGAGAGAGGCAUGAGGUACACAGCAGUACUGAGGACUCCCGCCAAUUAGAUCAUUUGCUCCAAAGACGUUGGACUGCGUGGGGGCCUUACUGCCCGGUUAGCCUGCAAGAGAAUGGGAAGGUGGUGGAGGGGCAAAAGCAGUUCGCGGUAGAAUUCGCUGGAAAGCUCUUCCUCCUAGCAGAAGAACAAAAACGUGCCAAAUUUCUCAAAGACCCAAAGAAAUAUGUUGAUACACCGCCAGCCCUACCUCGCAACACAAACGUGUACCUCUUUGGCCCGUCAUAUGCGGGAGCGGCGAAGCAAGCCCGACUCCUGAGUCAAACCUACGGACUGUUCACUGUGGACGCGGAGAAGGAGAUCGCUGACGGCCACCGCCGAAGGGAAGAAGAAAAGCGACGGCUGAUGGAAGGAGAGGAGCGCCUCAAAGAAGAACUCCUACUGCAGGAGAGACUGCAGAAAGAGCGGCAACGGGAAGAAGAAGAACAAAGGCUCAUGCAUGCAGAGGACGUUCGGAGGCUCGCCCUUGCCUUUCCAGAGACUCCAAACGAGGUUGUCAACCCUGAAAAUCCCACAAAUGGAGAUAGUUUGGAGCGACCAGGUUCGCAAAAGGCUCCGCUCGGACCUCAGGGCUCAGCCUCUACAGGAGGCGCAGGAUCCGGCUUGGAUAGAGGCAGCAUCUCCAGCUCGGCGGAACCCGAGAAAGAAACAACCACAGACUCUGCCGAGGCGACUAAGACGGCUCUUUUCACGACGUCUGAUGCAGAGGAGCAGCUGCUGAACGAAGGCCAAGCUCUCGGUAAUGAGGCAGUAGUUAGGCUGAUUGUCCAAACUCUUGGGCUAGAAGAGAAUGUGAAGCGUGCCGACGCCCUCGACAAAUACCGAGCAGAGAUGGAAGCGUACGAAGCGAAGUACGGCCAAAAGACAGACAUUGAGGGAAACGACGAGCCGCAGGAGGAAGAAGAUGCCAAUGAGGAGACCGGGGAUGCCUCAGGAGGGAACCGUAAGAACAAGGUGGUCAACGACAUCAAGCCGCCUCCGCCGACAGCCCCUCCGGAGUUGCUAAAGGUAGCAACUGGGUUCGUCCUCGUGCAUCAGCCCCCCACUCAGGCAUUUCUGCAACAGUUGGCCAGGCUGGGCAUUGAGUUCCACCAUAUUGUCCACUUCACUAACAAUCCGGAAGACAUAGAGGAGGCAGAAGCUGCAGGAGCGACCCAGUUCGCGUGCACUGACUCGGAGGUCGUCUUCGAAGACGAAGUGAAUAAGCCGGAAGUUGACGCAAAUGAAAAGCAGAGAGAGAGGGAAAUAGACGAUGCUUUGAUCCUUGACAUUGAAGUGGAGCCAACGAAAAUUGAGGCUACUUUGACGGACUUGUUGAAGCACUACCGACUUCGACAACUGAUCGAUCCAUUCUAUAUCAAGCCCGAUCCGCCUGAGAGGGUGGUACCGCCUCCAAACCUUGAAGAGCCUCGGCUGAGUCUACAGGUCCGACAGAGAGUGUACAUGCUUUUCGACGAGGAAAAGAAGUACAAGUUCACUGCCGAUACCCGGCGCUACCUGCCAUCCCUGGACAAAUGCAACGACGCCAAUGAAACGGGCACUCUCAAGGUGCCGCCUCCACGUAUUGCAUUUUUGGGUUCGCUGGGCUCGGAGGUGGAAAAACGAAUAACCCAGCUUAGCAACGAAUAUGCCAUGCCUUUCCUGGAUCUACGAGCCGCUUUUUCGUCGGCAUUAAAGAAUGAGCUGCUGAUGCAUUUGAGGCAAGAGAAGCGAGCAGCUCUGGAAGAGGCCCUGGAUGAGCACAAUCCUGAGGAGUCCGCAGGCUCCCCGGACGAGGCCGAGGACGCACUCUGGCCGUUGCUGUCUUUGGGCAGCAAUGAUCUCCGUGAAGCUGAUGGCGAUAUGUGCAAGCAGAUAUGGCUGGGGUUACAUGAGGAGGUGCAGCAGAAACUGUGCCAAGCGGCUCUAAGGAGUGUCCUGCACCCUGAUAUUGGCCCUGUGUUCAUUCAGGCUGGCGUCUUCACGAAUCCCCUCGUCGAUGCAGCACCAGCAACGGAAGAUGAGAUAGAGGAACAAGUGGGGUUUAAUAUUGGGAGUUUGAUGGACAAGGCUGGACGUCUGCCUGACUGCGUCGUUAUAUUUUUGUGUACGGACGAGGUGGGAGUAUCUCGCUGUCUGGAUUUGGAGAAGAUCGACAGAGAAGCAGUGGAGGCUAAAAGGAGGGAGGAACUUGAAAUGAAACAGGAACGGAAAGCCAGGCGAAAAUCUCCCUUGGACUCUUCCGCAGAAGGGGACAGCGAGUCGGGUACGGGGGGGGUGGAGGAGGAAGGAGAGGGAGACGGGGAGGCUGAGCUGUCGGCCUCUGAGAAAGCCCGCCAGGAGUUUCUUAAGAACAAAUUGGCCAGAGACGCAGCCCUGCUGGACUGCGCCAAGUCGUUUGCAAUGGCGAGAGUGCCUGUGCUUACGCGACUCAAAGACUUCGCGGAGUUCCCCGUCCUCUUCAGAGACCGAGUGUACUUCCCAGCGGAGACAGAAGAGGAGCGUAACAUCUUUUGCCAGACCCCCUCGAAGUUCCUUACGGGACCAACUCCGCCUCCAAAGCUGCAUCAUCCCGCAUGCAUCUUCUUGGGCCCCCUGAACAGCAACCGGACGCUGAUUGCCAAGCAGAUAGCCGAGUGGUGCGGCGCCCUUUACGUCAGUCCUUUCCAGCUGCUACAGGAAGUGACAGCUGCGCCUGCCCCUACUUCGGCCCUUAACAAGUGCAUCUUGGAGGACCUGCAGCAAGGCAAGGCCGCCGCGCCAUGCUGCACAUGCCGGCUUAUUGCUGCUCGUCUUCGGUCGCACGAGGCGAAACAGAGAGGUUUCCUUCUGGACGGAUGCGGCUUGGAAGGCGUGGGGGUGGAGCAACUGAUGGAGAUCAUGCGUGCGGGCCCCCACGAAGCCACAAGCCUCUCGCGCAAACAUCGACUCGAACACAACAUAUCCAGAAGCUCCAGCUCGAUAGAGGUGCCCACCUUUCCAGUGGAGACGGAGGGGCCCCAACCAGCAGCUGAGCAGCCCCAUGAGGAGGCCACCGCCCAGAUGCUGGAUUCAUCGAAACCCACAGAGCUGGACUUAGAGGGCAGCGGGGGAUAUAAGGAAUCCGCAGUCAUUGUUGGCGCCUCCUUACACGCGCAGGAGCCUGAGCCUGCCUCUCAGCCAGAGCCCACAGAGGCAGAGAAGGUUGGACCGGUUCAUGAUGCAGGCGAAGUUGAGAAAGAAGGCAUUCAGGGCUCUGCUGAGCUGAUUACCAGCAUUCCGCCGCUGCAGUUGGGGGACCUGCGACCUUCUUCUGCAGACUUCCGAAGGCAGUAUCCGCUGCCGGUUGAAUCCGGCAGCAGCAGCGAGACGCCGUCCCCUGGGGCACUCUCCUCGCCCCCAGCUCCCUCAGAGGGAACAGCGGCUUCUGCAAAUCAUAAAGAUGUGCAUGCAUGCGAAGUAGAGGAGGAGGGAGAGGAGGAGAACAAUGUGACGCCUCCUCUCCCGUUCCCGCUCGUGGAUAUUGUUUUUGUGUUCGACCCUGAGGGGGAGGACUUGUGGGCCGAAAAAGAACGACUGCUCCAAGAAGAGGAACAUAAAAUUCCACACCAAGGAACUUCGAAGCAGCGACCAUCGUAUCCUUACGGAGACAGCCGGGACCUCCUGGAGACCCCUGACUGGGCGAAUGCGAGGAGAGUGCUUCAGGAAGGGGCGGUUCUGCAGCAGGUGGAGGCGUUUCGCUCUCUGGGCGUUCGAAUUGUUAACGUUCCCGCAGGCAAGUCGGAGUGGCUGCAGUUUGACUUGGUGAAGAAAGAGAUCGAAGCCAUGCUGCGCCGCCGCCACGGCUACGAGCGGCUCAAGGCACAAGGGCGCCCUGCAAGGUGCCCUAUAGAGCAACGAACGGACACCGCUGUUGAAGGCUUCCUUGCCACCUACUGCCCAAAGGGCCUGUUUGUAGCCCUAGAGGCGUUGCAGUACACGCCUAUCCAGCUUCAGCUCUUGAUUGGGGCAUACGCAUACAACGGAAACAAGAGAAAACUUGAGAGAGCUCCCACUGUGCUGUGCGCCUGCUGCGCUCUUCUGUUGCUGUCUCAGCCCAAACCCUACCUCCAGCAGCACUUGCCGGAACUGCUGCCACGGAGGCUCAGCUCGGAGGCAGGUAGUGACUGUGCUUCGCUAGCACUGAAGGGAUACUGCCCCGUAACACUAGUGCAUAGCGGGGAGUUGGUGAAGGGAGACCGGCGUGUGUUGGUGAGUUACGGGGAGGAGACAUUUUGUUUUGUUGGUGAAGAAGAGAGGAGACAGUUUCUGCUGUUCCCUGCUGACUAUCGAACACGCGCGCAACUGCCUGCAAGGCUCACAGGCAGCCAGAGGUUGGGGCAGCCCCCGAAGACACUCUCCGGCAUAGCUCAGGCUGCAAGGGAGCGCUGCAUGCAGCAGCUCCAAGGCAGCGAGGUCUCCGGAAACCCACUGAUGGCAGAAGAGGGCCUUGCUAAACUCCGAGAUACGCUCAAAGAUGCACUCACAUACAUAGAGGUCUCUACAUUAGAUCUGCUGAUGGAGGCACUUUUGUUUGUGGGGACGAACCGCCCGCUGCAUCCUCAGUGCAACCCACACUCUAGUGCUGUGCGGCUCCUCGCUCAUUACCUGCGGGCUAAAAACCCUCUUAUUUCCGGCUACGCUAAAGCAGAGGCAGAGGCAGCGCUUCAAACCUUUGUUCAGGAAUGCCAAACUCCACUCGAGGCCCGGCAAGCAAUCCUGCAGCUUCAUUACCACAAGAUAAAGGAGGGGCAGACCUACCUGCCCCCAGAACAGGUCCGACCUUACGAGGCGAAGGCCUCACCCCAAAUUCUACAGCAGGAGUGGAGUCACCUGACUGCGCUGCACUACGCACGGGUGACUAAGAGGCUAGACAAGCUGCUUUCCCUUGAUUGA